ACAGGUGCCAUGGGCAUCGUCGCUGUCAAGAACCUGCUGGAAGAAGGCUUCGACGUGGUGGGAUUCGAGCGCAGCAGCUACAGCGGUGGCUUGUGGCACUUUACCGAGGACGAGGACACGCUGAGCAUCAUUGAGUGUGAGUGGGCUGACUUUGGUCAUACAUAUCCUGCUUCGUAUACCGAUUUUCCCUUUCCUGUCGGAACUCCUACAUUCUGCACUGCGAAACAUGUGCAAGACUAUCUCGAGGCCUAUGUCGACCACUUCCAUCUCAGACCCCAUUUCCGCCUCUCAACCGUCGUCACAUCAAUAUCUAGGGAUCAAGAUAGCGGGAGAUGGAGAGUGAAUAUUGAAGAACAGCCUAGCGAGUGGUUCGACAAGGUGGUAGUGGCCACGGGCCCUCAUAUCAAGCCCAUGAUGCCCGCAUUUGAGGGCGCCGACUUGUUCACUGGUCGACUCAUCCACUCGAAGGGGUUCAAAAAGCCAGAGGCUUUUGCAGGGCAGAGAGUGGUCGUCGUUGGGCUUGGGAACACGGGCAGCGACAUUGCAGACGCUCUUGUUGGCCACGCGUCAAACAUUUCAAUAUCGCAUCAUCACGGUGCAGUCAUCAUGCCCCGUCUUCUCGAUGGAGUGCCAGCCACAAGCCGCAUAUCUUACCGCUUCAUCCAGCUGCAAGGCAUCAUCAAUCGAUGGGUCCCCACGCUCGCGGAGAUAGUAUACAACAAGGCCGCUCGGCAGAUCAUGAGAGACGCAUUCGGAGAGGUCGAUCCAGCUUGGAGGCUUGACCCAGCCCUCUCGGUUUUGGUCGCCAAUCCGGUGGUGUCCGAUACGCUUAUAGCCAACUUUCGGUCCAAAGCCAUAUCAUCAAUCACGGGCAUCCGGCGGUUCACAGGCGGACGGAGGAUAGAAUUGACCUCUGGCGAGACUAUCGAGGCCGACGCAGUCAUUUGCUGUACGGGGUACAAGAACGACUUUAGCCUUUUGGACAAGGAGUACGAUCCGUCUUCGACACCCUCAAUUAGCUGGCUCAAAGCCCCAGGCUCAAAAGACAGGCCAUAUCCCCGCCUGUAUCAGAACGUGUUUUCCAUGACUGCGCCCGACUCCUUGGCCUUUUUGGGCUGUGUGUGGUUUGUCACGGGCGCAUUUUGCCUCGCGGAUAUAGCCAGCAUGUGCAUCGCGCAGGUCUGGUCGGGAAAGGCAUCGCUGCCGCCACAACCAGAGAUGCAGCAGUGGGUUGACAAGCAGGAAAAGAGGAUCUGUGCUCUCGCGUGGAGAGGAGCUGUGAUUCCGGCAACUGUGCCUCCCAGCGAGUGGCUCUCAUGGGCGGAUCAAACGGCUGGGAUGGGAGUCGGUGAACACGUUGGUUGGGGAUGGAAGGGGUGGCUCUUUUGGUGGCGCGAGAGAACGCUUUGGAGGAUGGUCAUGGACGGCCCGUUUACGUCUGUCUUUUGGAGGUUGUUUCCUGGGAGGAGGAAGUGCUGGGAUGGGGCGAGAGCGGAGAUAAUGAGGGUAAAUCGGGAGGUUGAAGAGCGGAGGGCAAAGGCGAAGCUUGCAGAGAUGUCGAACGAUUCUAAGUUUUCAUGGUGA